AUGUCGUUCCGAGUCAGAACAGGCGACUCGGAGUCAUUGAAGCCAGUGAUCAAUUCAAUCAUUGCCUCCAAUCCUCUUCUAUUUGACAUAGCCAUAGUCCAUAAAACCGGAGAUGAGAUAGACCAAUUGGUUCCUAGAACCAAGCUUGAAACAACCACACCCACUCCCCAACACCACAGCCAAACCCCACAAGGAUCAUUCGUGGCCAUAUCGAACACUCAUGAGAUCUACAAUAGUGACAAUCGUCAAUUGAACCGAGUAUACCCUCGGUUCACUAAGCAAGAUGAGAAUGACUUGAAGCUCACGUGUGCCACAUCACCAAUAGUACACGAGUACAAGCUCCAAAGGGGAGUUGAGUAUCGUCAUAACCUUAACGAUCUUUCCAGUGUAGGAACUAGGGCCAUAUUACAAUUAGAAGCCCAUCCGUUUAGUGAUCCCGUGACCUUCCCCAACUUCAACAAGGUCUACCAUGAAGAAGACGAUUCUAAGCUGCAACAGUCCAAAAUAGUCACCAGAGAAGUGUCCUUUCCGUUAAUACCAGACACUAAGAUGGACCCUGACCAAUACCAUGAGCUUUACGAGUACUUGUGUCUUGUCUGUGCUGGUUCGAAUCAGACACAAAUAACGAACCCUGUUGACAGCUACUUCUCACAGUAUAGUGUGCCUCUGUUUGUCACAGAUACUACCACUAAUGACAAAAUAACGUACAUUGAAUAUUUAUUAUCGAAACGUUUACCGGAGAUACUAGCGCACUCUGAUUUGUCGGUGCUCCUGUUCCGGCCCUAUGGGUUCCAUCACCGGUGGCUCAUGUUCAAGUCCGUAACCGGAACCGUUAUACUAUGGGAAUCCAAGAGUGAAAUGACUACAAAGUAA